CCGGCCGCAGAGGGUGCCGAGCGGGCGCCGCCAGUCCCCCGCGAGCGCCGAGCUGCGCGCCCCGGGUCCCGAAGUGCCCGCGGGCGCCCGGCUGCGAAGCGCGCGCCCUUUCGGAUGCAAACACCCGGGUCGCGGGCGCCGGACCUCGCCGGGAGGGCAGCGAGGCCCCAGGUACCUAUUACACCAUUCUUUGGCGAAGGUUAUUCAGCAGUGGUGACCCCUCGCAAUCGAACACUCUGCAAAUUAUCAUCUCUGGACUCCCAGCUGACACCCUGCCGGAGGCAAGAGCUCCUAAGCCAACUGGAACUGUGCCUUUUCUCUUGUCAAGGUUUUUUUCUUACACAGGAAAAAGAAAGAAAAAAAAAAGAUGAAGUUGGGCAAAGUGGAGUUCUGCCAUUUUCUGCAGCUAAUAGCGCUUUUCCUGUGUUUCUCUGGGAUGAGUCAAGCAGAGCUCUCCAGGUCCGGAUCAAAGCCCUAUUUCCAAUCAGGGAGGUCCCGAACCAAGCGCAGCUGGGUGUGGAAUCAGUUCUUUGUGCUGGAGGAAUACAUGGGUUCAGACCCUCUCUAUGUAGGAAAGCUUCACUCUGAUGUUGAUAAAGGAGAUGGUUCCAUCAAAUACAUCUUGUCAGGCGAAGGGGCAAGUUCCAUUUUCAUUAUUGAUGAGAACACGGGGGAUAUUCAUGCUACCAAGAGACUGGACCGGGAGGAGCAGGCCUACUACACGCUCCGCGCCCAGGCGCUGGACAGGCUCACCAACAAGCCUGUGGAGCCCGAGUCCGAGUUUGUCAUCAAGAUUCAGGACAUCAAUGACAACGAACCCAAGUUCUUGGACGGCCCGUACACGGCAGGAGUUCCCGAAAUGUCUCCUGUGGGGACCUCAGUGGUACAAGUGACAGCAACAGAUGCUGAUGACCCUACGUAUGGGAACAGCGCCCGAGUGGUCUACAGCAUUCUGCAAGGACAGCCAUACUUCUCAGUGGAGCCAAAGACAGGAGUCAUCAAGACCGCCCUUCCAAACAUGGAUAGAGAGGCUAAAGACCAGUAUUUGCUUGUUAUUCAGGCAAAGGAUAUGGUUGGUCAAAAUGGAGGACUCUCAGGAACUACGUCAGUCACCGUGACCCUAACUGAUGUCAAUGAUAACCCACCUCGCUUUCCUCGAAGGUCUUACCAGUAUAACGUCCCAGAGUCCUUGCCAGUGGCCUCCGUUGUGGCCAGGAUCAAAGCGGCUGAUGCAGAUAUAGGCGCUAAUGCUGAAAUGGAAUACAAAAUUGUGGAUGGUGACGGACUGGGGAUUUUCAAGAUUUCUGUUGAUAAAGACACCCAGGAAGGCAUCAUUACUAUACAGAAGGACCUGGAUUUUGAAGCCAAAACAAGUUACACACUCCGGAUAGAAGCUGCAAACAAAGAUGCCGACCCUCGCUUUCUAAGCCUGGGACCAUUCAGUGACACGACAACAGUGAAGAUAAUUGUGGAGGAUGUGGACGAGCCCCCCGUGUUUUCCUCACCUUUGUACCCCAUGGAGGUGUCAGAAGCUACCCAAGUUGGAAAUAUCAUUGGCACUGUAGCAGCUCAUGACCCAGAUUCUUCCAACAGCCCUGUGAGGUAUUCAAUUGACAGAAACACAGACUUGGAGAGAUACUUUAAUAUUGAUGCCAACAGUGGAGUUAUUACAACUGCCAAAUCUUUGGAUCGAGAGACAAAUGCUGUUCAUAAUAUCACAGUUCUCGCAAUGGAGAGCCAGAAUCCAUCUCAAGUCGGAAGAGGCUAUGUGGCCAUUACUAUACUUGACAUCAAUGACAACGCCCCCGAAUUUGCUAUGGACUACGAGACCACUGUGUGUGAAAAUGCCCAGCCAGGGCAGGUUAUCCAGAAGAUCAGUGCUGUGGAUAAAGAUGAGCCAUCCAAUGGACACCAGUUUUAUUUCAGCUUGACAACUGAUGCAACAAAUAACCACAACUUUUCAUUGAAAGAUAACAAAGACAACACAGCUUCCAUUCUCACCAGGAGAAAUGGCUUCCGGAGACAAGAACAAUCUGUUUACUAUCUGCCGAUCUCCAUCGUGGACAGUGGAUCGCCGUCCCUCAGCAGCACCAACACUCUCACCAUCCGCGUCUGCGACUGUGAUGCCGAUGGGAUCGCUCAGACCUGCAAUGCGGAGGCCUACGUUCUACCCGCCGGCCUCAGCACAGGAGCCCUGAUUGCCAUACUCGCCUGUGUCUUGACAUUACUGGUGUUGAUCCUCCUGAUCGUCACCAUGAGGAGACGGAAAAAAGAGCCUCUCAUUUUUGACGAGGAGAGAGACAUCAGAGAGAACAUCGUGAGGUACGACGACGAAGGGGGCGGAGAGGAAGACACGGAAGCGUUCGACAUGGCCGCCCUGAGAAAUCUGAACGUCAUCAGAGACACCAAGACUCGCAGGGACGUGACUCCAGAAAUUCAGUUCUUGAGUCGACCCACUUUUAAAAGCAUCCCAGACAAUGUCAUUUUUCGAGAAUUUAUCUGGGAAAGACUGAAGGAAGCUGAUGUGGAUCCCUGUGCUCCCCCGUACGAUUCCUUGCAGACGUACGCCUUUGAAGGGAAUGGCUCCGUGGCCGAAUCCCUCAGCUCCUUGGAUUCCAUCAGCUCAAACUCUGACCAGAAUUAUGACUACCUGAGUGACUGGGGGCCUCGCUUUAAACGACUUGCAGAUAUGUAUGGAACCGGCCAGGAGAGUUUGUACUCAUAGCCCCGGGACCUUAAUUUGAAAUGUACUGAAGAAAAAGUAAAAGCAAAAAAAACCACAAAAAACAAACAACAAAAAAACCAACAAAAACAAAAAAUAACAAAAAACCCCACUCCGUACAGAAAACAAGAACUCGACUUACUAGAGAAAACUUGUAAAUAUCUCUCCAUUUUUAACUGUUUAGGUUUCUGCCUUGGUGAAGCAUAACUUCAUUAGACUUAUCCAAGGGACUGCACUGACCGCAGACUCUGAGCAUUUGAAGGCUUUUUGAUAAAACGAAAUGCUCAGUGGUUUGUGAAUAGAUAGCAACUCUCAGAUACCUGCAAAGCACCUAACCUCGAUGAGGAAGUAGUGGCCUGUGUUGUCCGUGAACCAAGCGUACCCUGUACCUACCUUCACGGUACUGCCCAUGAGAAGAACACAACUCGAUGAGCCAUUGAAAAGUCCUGGAACUUCUUGCGUAUCAAAACUUGGGACAAAUUUAAUUUCCAGUGAUGCUUUUAGCUUGCUAGAUUAUAGAAUCCAGCAGCAUUUUAUUGCUGUUGGGUAACAAAUAUAUUUCAUUUAGCAAUAUAUAAAUUCUUAGAAAAUCCUCCCCAAACCUCCAACACAAGCCAAUAAAAUGUGAUGUAAGGCAACAUAAACUGUUGUUUUGCAAAAAUAAAUUAUGAAGUGUUCCAAACAAGAAAAAGGUAAAUCAUUCUUUAAGUUUGCCGUCAUUUUGAGAUGCUUGUGUAGGUAUGAAAAAAGUUGCUGUCUAUUCAUUGAUGUUGAUUAUCUCUUCUGAUUUAUACAGGAGACUAUCUUUCCUUUCUUUUUUAUUUGACACAUGGUGUUCUAUUUAUUUUGGAGCUCCAAUCUCCACUGAAUUCAGGUCCAUCUGACUGCCUCAUAGCAUUAAACUCGUCAGAACAUGCUGAUUUUUCUCCAGUCUGAGCUACAUGAAGGAAAGGAAGCAUGGAAAUGGAGAAAAAAAUAGUAGAGCGGUUGAGCUUUGCUGCUGUUCACAUCUCAGAGAGGAGCACAGCUACAAGGACGUAUAAGUCGUUCAUCUGAGCCAUUAGAAUGUACCAAACAGUGGAAUAAAAUAUUUGUAUUUUAGAAAGGUUUCAGAAUUGAUUUUUUUUUGAUGCAAGAUUUUUCAAGGUCAUAAGUUCUAUAUGCUCCAAAGAUUUUGAGAAUUUGUUUUCCCCAGCUUCCUUUACUGUAAACAGAUUGAGUAAAAGACCUUUUUUUUUUUUCACUAUAGCUUAAACAAUGUAAUGCUAUAAAUUUCAAAAAUCCAUCUUUAAAUUCUGAUGCUAAUUUGUUCCUCAAGAAUUAACCAAGCAAUGUAGGAUUUCUGUACUGGUUUAGAUGUGCCAAAAUGAAGAGAGCAAUUUCCAGUGAUCACGUGCUUAAAUUUGAGACAGGCUUCUUAGGAUAAGAACUUUAUGACUAUAAUAUUUCCACCUAUCAUUUUUUUCCUGGAAUAGCACUAGUUUAGUGUACAUAUAUUUCAAUAAGAAUGGAUUUUUUUCUUUCAUUUCUCUUUUUAAAAAUAAUUUAUCAGGUUCCUAAUAAAUCUACAGGUAGUGGACACUGUAUAGGAAACGACAUUUUAAAAGUGCUUCUUUCUGAAGGACAAACACUGGAAUCAGAAUAUCAAUAUUUUGAUUACAUGAGGAGAAACUAGGAUUCUGUAAACCUUCAGUUCAUCUUUAGAAAUAAAGCACGCGAACGUGGCCUUCAGCUUCAUCAAACUAAAUAAUUCAAUAAAUCUGAUUAUCUACAAACAGUCCUUUCACUUGAAUAAAGUUUUGUAAACAUUGUUUCAGGACUAGAUAGAUAUGCCUCUUGAUGAAUAUACACAUAUAUGAAAAACUCCUAACAAAGAUUCUGUUCAUGACUUUUAGUCACAUAUGUAAGUUUUUCAAAUAAAAAAAAAAUACAUAGUACACUUACCCAGUUCAAUAAAAACAGAGUGUGGUGCAGGAAUGAUAUAGGUGUUAAAUCAGCAAGGUGCUGAGAAAACAGUUUUGUAAUAAUCCCCUUGUCUGCAGGAAGAUAAAAUACUUUAGUACAUUUGGAUUAUGAUGUCAAAACUGCUGAUAGUUGCACAUAUCACUAAAUGGAGGUUUGAAUGUAUUAUAGAAAAGAAACAUCACAUCAUUCACCCAUUCACCUUGCUUUUUCUUGUUUUCAAGUAUAUAUAUAUAUAUAUAUAUAUUUUUUUUUUCUUUCACAUUUGCCGGUCAUAGAUUGGGAAAAGAAAAGCUCAGAUUUAAAUAAAGAUUUGAAAUUCUUGCAUAUACCCAUUGCUCUUUUAUGUGUGAACAAUCACAUCAAUACAGAAUAAACUUGCUUCAGUGGCAUUUUUUAAAAAUGCUUGAGAUGGCCGAAAGAAUGUCCCUACUUUACAUGACAUUUAUAUGAAUCACUCUAGCUAAGCCUACUGGUAAUAGAAGUGAAUUGGUUAUUUUUGUUUUCCAUUUUCCUCUAAAAUCUAAUGCUAUGUAUGAUUAUCUCCACAGUAUGUGAGAGGCACUGGAAUAGCUGAUUGAUAAAAUCAAUGUUAAACCUAGUUAGGACAUUCUCUAAAAACAUUUAUAUAAAAACUUAUAUCUAGUUACUAAAAUUCAGUGGUAUCCUGGAACCAGCUAGAACCAGCUCCUAAGAACCAAUGACCUACAUCUCUUCUCAACCCUCCUUCUAGAGAGAUCAUUUUGGUGGAUUGAAGUUAGCCGUGGGGUAAUAUUGAGACCACCACGGAAAGCAGCAAACACUCCCUGUUUUUCCUGGAGAGCCAGUUUUUAAAUAUUUACCAACAUUUCACUGCUUGAAUUGCUUUAUAAAGGAAACCUCAUGACAGUAAAUAUAGUAUGACUGAAUAUCAAAUAAUGACAUGAAAGAAAUGUAUGCUCUAUCCUACUACUAAACAUAGAUGUAUGUGAUACUCCCUAUUAUGAAGUCUUUGGAGCUACAAAUACAAAGGCUCCACUUCAUUGUGGGAAGUAAUGGCUUAAUAAUUUCCAGGGAAGACAGUAGUAUGGGAAGCCAAUAAAUUUAAAUAUUUUCCAUUUGUCCAUCUGGGGCCACCAUUAGAAACAAGGUGCACAAAGUAAUGCAUGUUUUUGCCACUUUAAUUUCUUAAAAAUGUUUGCAUUUUACUUGUUAACUGUCCAUGUAAAGGAAGUAUGCCCAAGCCCCAGUUCUGAAUUAUCACUGGAUAAUUUUAAAUCAGCAUAAAGACUAUGCAAACUAAAUCUUACCAAGAACAUGGGCAUUUGCAGAUCAAGCCUAAAUUAUCAUUCUAGAUUCACAGAUCAAUUUCUACGUUAAAGCAAUACUCUAAGGUCAGUGGCAGACCAAAAUUAAGGAGACAACAAGAAAAGAUCACCUCUGUGAAAGCAAUGAGUAGAUCUUUCUGUAAGCCAUUAGAUGAAGCUGGUAAACUUCUUCCUUUGACUGGAAGCUCACACUGGAGGCUGACCACAGUGGGGAUUAGGUAAAUGAAGGACACAGACAGGAAGCAAUCAUAUUUAGGUAAGGAUAGCUGCCUUUUCACUCUGCCCUCUGAGGAUGUUUUAAAUUAAAAUUUUAGCUUCAUGCACAAUUACGUUUACCACACUAAUGAUGAGCAGGCACUGGCAAUUAUUCUCAUAUAAAAAGUGUAGUUCUAUAAAAUGUGAGUGAUAUUUGUGCCCAAAGAACUUCC